GUGGACCGCUUCGGUGAACCCGUCCGCGAGCGGGCACGAUGCCGCGAAGUCAAUCUCGGGUGUUUGAGGAUGGGGGGGAGGACGAGAAUUGGAAGGCGCAGAAGAAGUGCUGUGUGUACAAGUACAUCCGCGUGGGACAGACUCUUGGCGAGAGAUUCCGCGGCAAUCGCAUGUUGAAGUGCGUUUUCUGCGGCCACAAGUUCCAGGGCAACAAGUUCGUGGCGGCGCACCAUUUCCGCCAGGGCAAGGGAUGUCCGGAGGUGACAGACGAGGCACUUGUCGACAUCCACUAUAACAGUGAGUACAAGAUGUCUGACAAGUUCCUAGAGUGGGUACAGCGAUUUGAGGAGCUUCACGGUGCGGCGCCUGCGAUGGAUCCGCGACGGGACGAGGGGUGCGGAUACGACAGAGGCGGGUGCAUCUGCGGGGAAGAGGAAGGAGAGAGAGGAGGGGGACAGACCGACGGCAACAGCCGCAACACAGAAGAGAUGAGACAAAACACGAUCACGGAGUCAUUCACUUCAAAGUGGCAGAUGGAGUUCAAAAAGAAGUGGAUGCGGUUUGUGUACAGUCAGCGCCUGGCAUUCAACGUCUUCCGGAGCGAGCCAUGGUUGGACGUCGUCCGGCACUUCAGGGACUUGCCGGGGCCAGUGAAGGUGUUGUGGCCUUCAGAGAAUGAGAUCGCGGACAUAGAGACCAUUGUCCACACGGCGGACGAUGUGAGAGCUGAUCUCGCGGAGGUCAGGGCUCCUUUCUAUGUCACGGGGGCCACCAUCAUGUCAGACGGAAGGAAGUCACACGAUGCUAGACCCAUCGUGAACUUCCUUGCCGACGGGUCGUGUGGGGUGAUGCUCGUCCGGACAAUGAACAGGGAGGGUGAGCGGGAUCAGGCGCCUGAUGUGUUGGCGCGCUGGAUCAAGGUGUUCGAUGACCUCUCCCCUAAGUGGGUGAACGCCAUUUGCACCGACUCUGCCUUGACGUACGUCGCCGCGACGAACAUGCUCCAGGGGCCCCAACAGAGGCCGGAGCAUCGACGGAUCACGUGGCUCCCAUGCGCAGUGCAUGUCCGCAACAAGAUGUUGUUAGACAUUGGUUGUUCGGGCCCGUGGUCCAAGGACAUCAUCGUGAGGGGGAGAGCGGUGGUGCGCUUCAUUAAGGAGCACGGCGCCGCUCUCCAUAUCUUCCGGGGGGAAAACACUCAGAUGGGCCUCAUCUAUCCUUGUGAGACACGUUUCGCAUCCGUGUUCACGAUGGUGGAGCGUUUGCUGGCAGUGAGGUCAGCUUUGGAGAGGACAGUGGAUGGCGAUAGUUGGGCAUGGUCCCUUGGGACCAUUCCGUUCGUCAGUUGGCUAGGUGGGUCAGGUGGCAGGUUGGACCGCGGAGGGCUGCACAUGUCGCGGGUGGUUGAGUGGACACAGGAUCUGGCACGCCAGGUAGCAGAGGAGGUUUGUGCACUUCCGACAGAUCUUGCACACUACAUUGUGCAGAGGGUGCAGGCUCGAUGCGCUCACAUGCUGGAGCCGGUGCACGCCGCUGCUCACCUUCUAUGUCCCAGCCGGCGGGACUUGCGGUACUUCGAGGGCGUGGUCAGCGACUACGACGCGAGUUUGGUGAGGGAGGCGGAGACUUACAUCUUGUCGCAGACAAGGUUCAGUGUGGCGAGCCGCGACUACGAGACCGCAUGUGCACAGUUGCGCGACUUCCACACACGGAGCGGGACGAUUGCUUGGGGGGGCAGAGAUGGAGAUAGAGAUGCGCACAGGUGCAGGGGCGAUGUAGAGACUGAUUCCGAGGGUCACAAGGACGAGGACGAGCAGGCGGGCCCCGCUAGCGCCACUCAUGCGGCGGAUGAGCGUGAUGAGUGGAGCAACCCAGAGGACGUCCGGAGACGGAGUGGCGGAGAUGACCUUUUCUUUCGAGUUGAUUUGGAAGAGGAGUCUGGGGGUCAUCAUGGGAGCCCUUUAGAGCGUUCGAGGCCUACGUCCACUGCCCCGCUUCCCGCUGAGCGGGAGACAGAUCCUGGAUCUGCACCUUCGAGGGGGGCUGAGUCGGGGAUUGGCCAUCGUCCUCUGGGUCGCUCUGGCACUGCAUCAUCCACCGCUCUUCCCACUUUGACAGAGCAGCUUCAUCGACAGCCAGCCGGUGCAGAUCGAUUGCAGAGACUGGUGAGGGGCCUGAGACAGCGAUUGGAGGACAGAUCGGAGGGCGGUCCUAUGCCGGUGCAGGUUGGAGGCGGUGCCGAGGUUGAUGCGGCGGUUGAGGGGAUACUGAUGGGCGGCGAAGGCGGUUUCAGUGAGUUUGGCGAUAUGGGUAUGCCCCCGGGAGAGAGCGUGGGUCUUCCCCGUGGAGAGAGCGAGUCCCGUGGGGACAUUAGUGUGGGUAUGCAGGCCUUAUUGGGACAGAUCAGCUUCCUGGACCCGAACAGUUUCUCCCCUGCCAUGCGCGGAGAGGUGAUGUCGGGGGCAAAGGGAGACGAGGAUCGCACACCUCCUCGAGAGACAUUUGAGGAGAGGUUGGAUAGGCUUGAGAGUCGUCAAGCAUGCCUCAUGGCACAGAGGGACCCCAGGACGCAGGAGCUCGCCCGUCUUGCGGUUGAGGACCGACAGAGGCAGAUGGGGACAUAUACGACGGUGUCUGUUGACGUGGGGCCAGCUGCCCACACGGAUACUCCUGCAGAGGUUCACGACACGACGCAGCGGGAGGCGGCUUUGGCAGAAGUUUCGAGUACGGGAGUAGAUGUUCAGCAAAGGACGCACGAGAGCGGGUUAGCACCGACAGAGGAGCCACGUUCGGAGCCAGCGCAGCCUCCUGCCGUGCAGUUGAGGCCAGAGGAGACAUUGCAGGAGGUCGCGGGCGUGCCUCUGCCCGCGGGUUCAGUUGAGGGUGCCGUGCAUAUGUCCACGGGUCUGGAGGACAUACAGACGGGGUAGUCAGUGAGCGUUGAUGAUAUUCGCCCAUCAGCGCAGGCGGAGAGGAUAGGGCCGACCACCGGGGGGGACGGGGCCGUAGCGGGGGUC